CCAUUAACCAGCAGGAAAGCUGGCAAACAAGAUUUAGCAGCAGCCGCCCCACCGGCUUACUGUACACAUGACAGGAUCCAGGACAGCAGGACCAAGCCAGCAGUUGCAGCCUGAGCCCACUGCAGACCGGCCUGGCCAUCCUGAACAAUGCUGUUCACCCUGUACAUCUGUCUCCUCUGGCUGUCUACCAGUGGGCUCUGGACCAUCCAGGCUAAGGACCCUGACACUGACAUAAGCAUGAGGAACCCUCACCGGCACUUGGCUCCAAACAACGUUGACUUUGCCUUUACCCUGUAUAAGCACUUAGUGGCCUCAGCUCCGGGCAAGAAUGUCUUCAUCUCCCCUGUGAGCAUCUCCACGGCCUUGGCUAUGCUGUCCCUGGGCGCCAGAGGCUACACACGGGAGCAGCUUCUCCAAGGCCUGGGCUUCAACCUCACUGAGAUGUCCGAAGCCGAGAUCCACCAGGGCUUCCGGCAUCUCCACCACCUCCUCAGGGAGUCAAACAACACCUUAGAAAUGACCAUGGGCAACGCCAUGUUCCUUGACCACAGCCUGGAACUUCUGGAGUCAUUCUCAGCAGACACCAAGCACUACUAUGAGUUGGAGGCCUUGACUGCAGAUUUCCAGGACUGGGCAGGAGCCAGCAGACAAAUCAACGAGUAUAUCAAAAAUAAGACGCAAGGGAAAAUUGUGGACUUGUUCUCGGAGCACGAUAGCUCAGCCAUGCUCAUCCUGGUCAACUACAUCUUCUUUAAAGGCACGUGGGCACACUCCUUCAACCCGGAAAGCACCAGGGAAGAUAACUUCUACGUGAAUGAGACGACCACGGUGAAGGUGCCCAUGAUGUUCCAGUCGAGCACCAUCAAGUACCUGAACGACUCGGUGCUCCCCUGCCAGCUGGUCCAGCUGGACUACACAGGCAACGAGACCGUCUUCUUUGUCCUCCCGGUCAAGGGGAAGAUGGACACGGUCAUUGCCAUGCUGAGCCGGGACACCGUUCAGAGGUGGUCCAAGUCCCUGACCAACAGCCUGGUGGACCUGUACAUCCCGAAGGUCUCCAUCUCCGGAGGCUACGACCUCGGGGGCAUCGUGGGGGCCAUGGGCAUUGCAGACUUGCUCAACAACCGGACACAUUUCUCAGGCAUCACCCAAGAGGCCCUGCCGAAGGUGUCAAAGGUGGUCCAUAAGGCCACGCUGCAACUGGAUGAGAGGGGCGUGGAGGCUGCCGCCCGCGCCCAGGUCCACCGGAACGCGGCGCCCGAGCCUCUCACAAUCCGCUUCGACCGGCCCUUCGUUGUCAUGAUCUUCGACGACUUCACGUGGAGCAGCCUCUUCCUGGGCAAGGUUGUGAAUCCGACCUAA